AUUAACUUGUAAUUAAACUGAUUGCUAAUAUUUUUCUCUGAAAUAUAAUAAGGAAAUAUAUUAUAAAUUUAUACAAACUAUUACGUAUGAUAUUUGAAUUAGAAUUAGUAACUAUACUGAUCAGCAGUGAAUAGAUUGGUUGCACUGACUAUUCAAAACGAGGUAAUGGCUGUUUGCUACAACGAAUACACAACGAACGUUACAAUUAUAUUUUAAAAGAGAGUUUAAGUUCUGUAAAUGAAUAUCAGUGAAUGUAAUUAAAAUUUUAAUAAGAAGGUAACAUGAGUCAGCAUCGAAGAUACGCUGGAGAUUUUACAGAUACAUUAAACAGUUUCCAAUAUGGUACCAGUUCUGAUACUCUUGAUUCUAUAUCUCAAGAUAGUUUAGAUCAGAUAAAAACAUGUAAUUUUCCUUCAAAUGGAUCUACACGCACAAGUAAACAUUCAAUUAUUUUAGCUGGCAGUUAUACAAAGGAUUCUCUAGUGCCAGAAACAUCUACACUUGUACCGUCAGCACCAGAUUUAAAUAAAUGGAUUGAUUUAUUUCAAAAUGACAAUUUAACAGAUGAGUUUGUAAAUAAUGCUGAAUCUAAACAUUCACGUGUGAAAGUUGAUAAUAAGGAAAAUAUUGAUCCUCAAUGUGCAAUAAGGGAAAAUACAGUUUCUAAAGACAAGUAUGUAUUAACACCAACUUCGUUGAAUAAAGGAAAGAGAGAUACAAAUUAUAAUAUUCAUCGCAAUAAAUCUGAUAAAGUUUCAAUGCCAGAACGAAAUAUACAUAAGACAAUAACAAAAUCUUGGCCCAUUCUACUUAACUGUAAAAACACAUAUACAGAUACUUUUGAUACAAAGUAUGAAUAUGAACAGGAAGCCACAGAAAUAAACAAAUUUGAAAGAAUACUUUGCUCUUUAGAUAAUAAGUUAAAUCAAAUAAAGGAAGUGUCACAGUCAGAACCAAUUUUAAAGCGUUUGUCUGAGAAGUUCGUGAAUUCACCAACAAAUUUCACUGAAAAGCUAGUAACUAUUAUUGAAGAAUCAGUUUUAAAUAAUAGUGAAGAUACAUCUAAUACAUCAGCAAUAAAUUUAAGUAGACUGACAAUUGAAUUUCGAAAAAUGUGUAAAUUUAUAGAAGAUGAAUCUUGGCCUGAAUGGGCACCUUCUCUUCCUUCUACACCUCCAAACUGUGAUGAGGUUUUUACAAGUCCAAUUUCUACUAAAUUUAUCAAUAACAAACACUUAAAAAAAGAGAAAUCAUUUACUACACCAGUAAAUACAGCUUCACCUAGCACACCACUAUCUGCAACAGAUGUACUUAAGAAAAGGUUCUUCCAGAAGAUUUCAAGAAAAAAUUUUAAUGGAAGUAAUGAUGGUAUGAAUUUGUCGUCAAAUAUGUCUAGUGUUGAAUCAUUUGAACGUUUAGAAGAGCAAUGUAAUAAAUUAUUUCCUCAAGAGAAAGAAGUUUUUACACCUUUACAGAGGUGUUCUUCAAUGCCUUCAUUGUUAAGUAUCACUCAAUUCAAAGAUAUUUGUGAAGAACAAAUGGCUUCAUUGGAUGUCUCUAAUAUAUAUAACAAAAAGGAAACUGUUUCAAGUACUCCUGAUUUAUUGAAUAAAUGUAUAGAACAAAAUUCAUGGGCAAAUAAAUUAGAUUUGAAAUGUACUGAAUUACAAACAGAAUCGGAUCAUAAAUCAAUAGAUUUUGAAUAUAGAAAUGUAUCAUAUACCAAGAAAAAAUCUAUAAAAAGCAACGGGGAUUCAAACUUUAAUAAAGUAAAUGUUGAUAAAGUUACAAAUGAUUAUACAGCAUUUGAUACAGAUGAAUUGGAAAAAACACUCCUACAAGACAUAGCACAGAAAAGAAAGCGGUGUCUUGAUACGGCAAGGCUUAUUACAGAAAUUAAUGCAGAUGCUGAAGUUAUGGGAGACACAAAAUCAUUAGAAACGUCUCCAGAAUUUUGUAAUCUGAAUGAAUCAAACUCAUUAGCCAACAAUGAAGUUAAGUUUCUGAAAACUUUGAUGUCUUGUAAAAAUUAUUUAACAUACUUAGAAAAGCAGAAACCCUUCUUUAAUCUACUUGAGAGAUCAGAAUCUUACACACCCAGAACUCCAAUGAAAAAUAAAGAAAUCACUGAUAUUAAAAAUACACAAGCUGACCACUCAGGGAAAGGAUUUUUAAGUAUGGAAUCACCUAUUCACACAAAAAGUCCCUUAAACUCAAAUAUAAAAGCUUAUGAAAUAUACGAUUCGCCACUGUCAGGGAAAAUAGAUAACACAAAUAGAGAAAAAGCAGAACAGGCGAAAGCAAAACUCUUUGUUACACCAGGUAAAAAUCCUCCAACAGCAAAGUAUAAAAAGAAGAAAGAAUAUUUUCCCGGUAUGUAUAGUCCCAAAAAGCAUGCCGUGGAAGAUCACAUUUUGAAAAGUCCACAUGCUAAAGGGUUGUACAGAUUGAAUUAUAAUAAAAUAAUAUCGCCAGUUGGUAUGUAUAUAAGAGGUACAGAUAUGCAACUUAUAAAAAACGUACAUGCUAAACCAGAUGACCUCUUACUUACACCUGCAAAAAAGUGUAUGAAAUCAUCGCCAAAUGUAAAUUCCAAACAAUUAACACCGCUAAAUGGGAUAAUUAAUUUAUCACCAAAAGCAAAUCCAUUACAAAAGCAACAGGUAAAUCCAACAAAUAACAAAACUAAUACCUUUAAAAACCAUUUCAUAUUGCCAAAAACAUCUUAUAAACUUCCUACACAAGUAAAAACGAUAAAGGAAACUAAAUCUCCUAAACAGGGAACUAGGGUAAAACAAUUAAUGGAAUCACCGCAAAGUAAAGUAGUUACCCGUCACGAAGGUAGAAUUAAGUUACAACAAAAACAAGGGAAUACAGGGACAAUACCAACUGGUGAAAUAUUAGAAAGUCAUUAUGAACCAGAAGAUAUAUCUAUACAUGUGGAGCAGGCAACUAGUAAGACAAAUUUUAUCCAGAAACAGAAACAUAUAUAGUUUGUAUUUUAUAAUUGCAAAGAUAUUAAUAUUUUAUAUUUUUGUUAUGGGCGAACUAAAUAGUUUUAAAGGAAAAUACUCUUUAAUAAAAUUUGUAUUUUAUAA